UACGCAUCAUGUUCAUAAAUGCAAAAAUUGGCAACACUGCAACUCAUAAGUGGUCGAAAAUGCAACUAUGCAGUAUAUUGUGCGCAAAUAGCCGCAAAAUACAAAUCAUAAAAAUGGCUGAUGCAACAGAUGUAUUCGAUUUAGACGGGAAAAUGUGCAAGCUGUUGAUUUCAACCCGUUUGGAUAUGGAAACUGAUUUUGUGGCCGGAAGAAAAAAUAAGUCAGUGCUAUGGGGUCAGGUUUUAACAAAAAUAAAGGAGAAGUACCCGAGUUUCAACCUGACAAAAGAACAAAUCACCAGAAAAUUCCUAAAUUUGCGCACAACUUAUAAAAGAAUUAAAGCAAGAAACAAAGAGUCUGGAAGAGACGCUACGUCUUGGACAUUUUUUGAUGAUUUUGAUGAAAUUUAUGGUGGGCGACAUUCGAUUAACCCUCCCGUAGAAAAUCUGGUGUCUUCAAUAGAUGAAAAUGUAGGAAAUGCUUGUACACCUUCUGACGAUAUGCAAAGUUCUGGUGAUGACUCUCCCAUAUGUAGAAUUAAAAGACGAAGGACAAACACUGACAUUCUGCAAUAUCUAGAAGAUGAAUCUGGAAAGGAGCAAAAACGCCAUGAGGAAAAUCUUGCAAUAGAAGAGAGAAAACUACUCAUAGAAGAAAGACGUAUAAAUGCCAUGAUGGAAUUAAAGGAGGUGCUAGAAAAAGCAAUGGUGAAUAAAUAAAAUAAAUGUACCUAUUAUAUCAAAGAAUGUUUUUAAAUUAGUAAUUAGUUGCUGUGUACAAAUGUUUUAUGGAAUUUUAUUUUUUUUAUUAUUUAUGCAAAAGCUUUUUAAAAAGUAUAAAAUAAAUUGAAAUUAACUUGAAAAUAAUGUUGUUAAGUUAUUU